UUGAGCCUAAUUAGUCAAUAUUUGGACAAUAAUUCACAAAUACAAACGAAACGCUACAGUGUGCUACAGUGCUGUAACAGUAAUUUGGCACCUCCCAAAUUCGCCAACUAAACAAGGCCUUACUCUUCCAAAUCCCUGUCACCUGUCAGGUAGGUGCAGUCUUCAGCCGGUGGGAUCAUGGUUGCCAAGAGCAAGCGACAGCUCGCCAAGCUCGCGCUGCUUCUACUCGCCCUGCUCCUCCUCCUCGCCGCCGCCAUCCUGCUGUGCGUCUUCUUGAUCCCGCGCCACCACCGGAAGCCGCUGCCGCCGGUCUCCCCGCCGGGGAACGCCUCCAACCCCGACGACAGCGUCGUGGCGUUCGACUUCUCCCCGUACCUCAUCAUGUACAAGAGCGGCCGCGUGCACCGGCUGGACGGCACGGCGCGGUGCUCGGCCGGCGUCGACGAGGACACGGGGGUCACCUCCAAGGACGUCGUGAUCGACGGCGCCACCGGCCUCGCGGCGCGGAUGUACCUGCCCCCGGCGCCCGCCGGCGGGGCGAAAGGGAACAAGAAGGACCCCGGCAGGCUCCCCGUGCUCGUGUUCUACCACGGCGGCGCGUUCGUCAUCGAGUCCGCGUUCACGCCGCUGUACCACGCGUACCUGAACGCGGUGGCGGCGAAGGCGCGCGUCGUGGCGGUGUCCGUGGAGUACCGCCUCGCGCCGGAGCACCGGCUGCCGGCGGCCUACGACGACUCGUGGCGGGCGCUCAACUGGGUCGCCCGGAACGCCGCGUCCGGGCCGGAGCCGUGGCUGCGGGACCGGGGCAACCUCUCCCGCCUGUUCGUCGCCGGGGACAGCGCCGGCGCCAACAUCGCACACAACAUGGCCAUGCGCGCGGGCACGGAGGGCGGGCUGGACGGCGGCGCGGCCAUCACGGGGCUCCUGCUCCUGGACCCCUACUUCUGGGGCAAGGAGCCCGUGGCCGGGGAGACGACGGACAAGGCGACGCGGCGCCAGUACGAGGCGACGUGGUCCUUCAUCUGCGGCGGGCGGUACGGCAUCGACGACCCGCUGGUGAACCCGCUGUCGCUGCCCGCGGCGGAGCUGCGGAGGCUGGCGAGCUCGCGCGUGGCCGUGACGUCGUCGGGCCUGGACGACUUCCGUCCGCGGGACCUGGCGUACGCGGCGGCGCUCAACGACAGCGGGUGGGGCGGGAAGGUCGAGCAGUACGAGACGCCCGGCGAGCGGCACGUCUACUUCCUCGACAGGCCCAAGGACCCCAACUCCGUCAAGGAGCUGGCCUUCGUCACCGGCUUCCUGAGCCGGGAGUAGGCCAUCCGUGGCCUAGCAGCUAGCAGAGGCAGAUCACGACGACAUGGGCGUAGGUGCGAUCGUGAGGAUUGCGGUACAUGAUUGAUACUAGCAGUAGUAGAUUAUUGGCAGAGCAGCAUGUUCCUUUUGUAUUUUUGUGUUUGGAUUUUGAUGGGGUUGUCGAGAUGUGAUGAUUUGGUGGAUGAUGAGCUCGGUGAAUUUGGGGAUCUCGGAGCUCCUCCUCCUCUGUCACCGUGAGGAAAGUUGCCUGCAUUGCGAUGCUUUCCGUGCCUGAAGAGGGCAUGAGAAUGCGAACCAGAGGGAAAGUUGUUCCUGUGCUUGUCUGCUUGGGCAGGAAAUGCUCAUCCAAUAGAGCUUCAGUCAGGAGCACUGGUCAGUUUCAUGUUCUGGUAUCCUGAUUGGUCAAUCUAUGGGUAUUCUGGGACAAGGGAUCCAGUCGACAGACAGUGUAAAUGACUUCUACUAGAACUAUGGGGGUGUUUGAUACGAGGUGCUAAAUUUUAACAGUGUACAGGGUGAAGAAGCACUUGCGUUGUUCAGCUAUCACCUCUGCCAGUUUAAAAACUCA